AUUUCUAUUCUUUCUCCCUUAUAAUUAUGAGUGAAGUUGAAAGUGUCUCUGAGUAUGUCAAAUUGAUCAGUAGUGAUGGUUUUGUGUUUGUCAUCCAUCGUGAAGCUGCAAUGCGUUCUGGUACAAUUAAGAAUAUGCUUGUCGGCCCUGUCCAAUUCAAAGAGUCAGUAGAAAGCGAGAUUCCAUUCCGUGACAUCAAGGCUGUCAUCCUGGAGAUUGUGUGUCGUUAUCUUUACUACAAAUGGCAAUACGAAGGCUCCACUACAGAAAUUCCAGAAUUCAAAGUCGACCCAGAAGUUGUUCUGGAGACAUUGAUGACAGCUGAUUUCCUCGAAUGUUAAUUUAGGUCAAAUUAAUGUUAACUCUUUUUUUCUGUACUUUCAAUAAAGCAGAGCAAACAAGCCAAAGUAACUUGUUCUUACAUCACGCGUCGCGGAAGGCGUAAUUGACACGCUCAGCCACAGCUUAUAGCCAGGACGCGGCUGUAAUGGACAGGCUACGCGUUUAGUCUGUUUCGCGUCUCUUCCUCUUUGGCCAUCUUU